GUGCGCCCACCCAUGAAAUGACCAGCCAUCUUCAAUGGUCCAUCAGACUCAUCAAGUACGCAGUUACAUUUCGGACCUAGUCGACCACGUGCGCAGACGAUAUGCACAGGCAUACAAUCCCUCCCCGCCUGCCUCCGGUGGCACUCCCCAGGAACCACUUUCUGCUCUGUCAGUCAAGACGGAAUCCAUCGACUCCGUCUUGCCCGAGCCAAAUCGUCACCAUGAGCAUUACUUUGCCGAGGCAUGCGGCACCUACCGCUAUUUGGGCGCGGAGUCGUGUCUCGUCAAGUCUCCUCGUCUUCAACCCGUUGACUACCAUAGCCCCUUCGGCAGAGAUGACGACGAUUGGGAAAUUAGCUGGAACCAAUCUGCUGCCAAGAGCUAUGAACUUGUCGAGGUUUUUCUCGACUGUGUCCAGCCUCUUUAUCCUGUUCUGGACUUGGAAGCUCCUUACCUGGCCCGCCAACCCCCCUCUACCAUGAAUUCCGUGGAGCUCUUCAGCUUGAACAUGGUCUAUUCUAUUGCUUGCCACGUUAUGCCUGGAACCACGCGAAGGCGACAUCCACAACACCAGUGGAACCCUUCGGGUAAUCUCAGUUACCACAUGGCAAAUUCUACCAAGUAUCGUGCCAUGGCAGAGAAAUUCCAUGGCGUGGCCGCAGAGCACCUCGAAGCUUCAACAUCAGAUUCCUCUAUUGAUACCCUGAGGGCAAUUCUCUUACUCGCCAUUAAUAGCUUAUUCGACCCAAAAUCCGGGAACAUUGGACAGCAGGUUGCCCUUGCUACUCGCUUGGCAUUGGCGCUGGAGAGUCGUCUCGAGGGUCACGAUCCGCUGUCCAAAGAAGCUUUGAUAAUUCGUAACAUGCACUCCACAAUUUUUUGCAUCGAAAACGAACUUGGCUCUGCGCUGGACAGACCUGCUACGUUUCCAGAGCCUGAAUGGGCAUUGUCCUUCGAUCCGUCGCGAUCCUCUGACUAUCUUUGCUCACUCUAUCGUUUGCAGCACCGGUUUCGCAAAAGUGAUGCUGGUGGCCGGGAAGCGGUCAAGAGACACCUUCCACUUCUAGACGAGAAAAGUGUGCUCCCCCCGAGUCUUCGUUUGAACCUCCACCAAACCCACUUUCUACUCAACCCUUGCUGGCACACAGCAUGGUAUGUUAUUGAAUCCGUUGUCAGCACUGGCAGCAUUCAUACAUUUUUAACCCCGCACUGGGUAUAUCGAGCAGGUACAUCACUAAUAGAGAACAUGCCCAGCAUCCUCCCGGGAAAUCUGAUUCAGUUGUAUUCCAACGCGCUGGUUGUAUUAGAACUCUCUUCGUGGAAAUGGCCAAGUGCAUCAGCGUUAUCCGCCUCCUUGUCCGAAACCUUACAGCGCAUGAAAUCACAGCACCAAGAGGACUGGGAUGGUACCUUGCAGAAUUACGAGAUGAAUCAAUGA